UCUGGUGUCCAAACUUUUCGGAAAACUCCAUUUGUAACCUUACAAACACACCAAAUUAAAGUGUGAGCCAUAAGACGUACGUAGAUUUAUUUGUCUGGUUUGUUUGGUGUAAUUUUCUUCAGUUGUUUUUGUUUUCCAGCUGCAUUAAGGCAGAAAACCUAAGGUCAUAACUUUCACAAGUCUCAAGCAAGGAAUAAAUAACAUUUGAUCAAAUGCUGCUUAGGAGCUCAUCAGCCCCAGUGGCCAGAUCUCUCUUCUCAGAUUCUCCCAGUUUAGACUUGGACACUAACAUCAGCAGCAACGGUAGACUACCAAAAGCACAUGAACAUCGCACAGCAAAAGUCUCGUUCUGUCAUGGUUUGCAACGUUUGAGUUCGUUUUCUUGCAACUCAUCUCCUGUCUAUCCUUCCAACUCCUGUUUACCUGAAUUCAGUCCAAAACAUAGAGCCAUUGGUCGAAUAACGUUCCGCAGAGCACAAUCAGAUAGCAAUUUGGAAGGACUUGGAGGAUUUUAUAGCUCGAGAAGAGUGAUGAGUGAAUCUUUGUGUAACUACCAAAAAUCAACUUUGCAUACAGAACCAUCGUUCUCGAUAUACAGUGACGAUGAUAAGUUUGAGGGAGAGGCCGAGAAGGAAGAUUUGAUCAAAGAGAAGUUGAUGGAUAGUCAGGGGAAGCUGGUGAGAUCUGCUACGGUUGGAGAUAGCAUAGAAGCUCAGUUUAGCUUUGGGAGGAAUAGCAUUGGAAUGAUUGUGGAAGAUGAGGAUGAGGAGGUAGAGGAAGAAGAAGAAGAAGAAAAAAAAGAGAGGCCAUUGAACCGAUUUAAAGAUCUUAAGGUUGAAGUUGAAGAAAAAUCCAUGAGCCCUACCAUUGAUCUUGCGACAGGGGCUGGUGCAAUUAAACACGGCAUUGGUGGUAAUGGUGUUGAAGUUGGCUGGCAGGUUUCUGAUCAUAGCAGUGAUCUUGACAAACAUUACAGUAAGAUGGUUCUUGAAGAUCCUUCCAACCCCUUAGUUCUAAGAAACUAUGCUCAGUAUCUGGAGUCCAAGAGAGAUUUCUCGGGUGCAGAGGAGUAUUACUUCUGGGCUACACGGGCAGAUCCUAAUGACGGUGAAAUACUGUCUCGGUAUGCUAAGUUAGUGUGGGAGCUCCACGGCGAUCAAGCAAGAGCCUCAGAUUAUUUUGAAAGGGCAGCCAAGGCAGCUCCUGAAGAUAGCAAUGUUCUGGCUGCAUAUGCCAAUUUCCUGUGGGAAAUAGAUGGGAAUGAGGAAGAAGAACUUUCAUCUAACGCACAGGUUGAUGAGAAUGCUGUCCUGGUGGAUAUCUCGGCCAAAGAUUUUAAAGAAGAAAAGAGACCAUCUAGCCCACCUUUACAUCUUGCAAUGGGCCUAGGAAUCGGCACGACGGGUUUUGGUGGUGGGAUUAAUCAAGACUACAUAAUCAGCCAUCCAGAUGAGAGGACUACUCUUGAAGAAUACUAUAAGAGGGUGGUCGACGAAAAUCCUUGUAACCCAUUGAUUCUGAGAAACUAUGCUCACUUUUUGCAUCAGUCAAAUGGAGACCUUCAGGGAGCCGAAGAAUACUAUUCGCGUGCAAUACUAGCAGAUCCCCGCGAUGGGCAGGCGCUUUCUCUAUAUGCUGAUAUCGUAUGGCAGUGUCAUCGUGAUAAAGACAGGGCUGUUGCCUACUUCGAAAGAGCAGCUCAAGCAACUCCUGAAGACAGCAAUGUGCUUGCGUCAUAUGCAAAGUUUCUCUGGGAAACAGAGGUCGAGGAGGAUGCUAUAGAGGAAGCUCAGAAUCGGAUGCCUGUAGGACAAGGAGCGGCAACUGCAGCAAAUGCUUAACAAAUAUUCGGAAUGUCAUGGUUUCUUGGUUCCUUAGAAUCCAAUGAGACCCGUUGUGACUGUUUUUAUGACAUUUAGAAUGUAGUUUAGAUCUGGUAGGAUGCAUAUAAGAAAUAUGUUGUAUUUGGUUACCUUAUACUCUAGUACUGCAAAACAAGAACAGUACGACGUUUUAAGUAUAUCAUUGUACUAACUUUCUGCGCAUUUAGAAUGUAAUUUGGUUUUUGACCUUAA